UGAAUAAACUAAACAAACGCAGAUACGCGUGUUUAUCUUUUAGUUAUGUAGUUAAAAAUGCAAACUAUAUGAAAAUAUUCAAUUAACCUCAAAAUCAAUUAUUAUAACAUGGCCGGACGUGGUCGAGGACGAGGCAGCGGCCUGUCAUUCACACAAGAACAGUUACAGGCGUUAGGAAUCGGUAGAGGAGAAAAUCCUUCACCAAAUCUAGCGCCUCCACCUUUAUUUCCAAAAAUUGAAGCUAGACCUCUACCUCUGACUUAUGAUGCAGCUACUGAUUAUAUGUUGAUAGUUAAGGACCAAUUUAUCGAAUACUUACAUGAAUCGCCGGCUUAUGUGAAACCUAAAGCACAAACAGAUGGCGUAGAACGUUAUUCAGAUAAAUAUAAACUUUUGGCGUUAAACGCUAACCAAGGGAAGACUUUAGACUGUGUGUGGAGUCAUUUACCGGCUGAGCUAAGGCCGCAAGCCGGCCGUGUGCGAGUAACGCGUAAAAGAAAGUUAGAUGAUCCUAAAGACAUUGUGAAAAAGUUGCAAACUCUUGAAAGCAAGGAGAUGAUGGAAGAAUCUACUGAAGGCACAAAAGAGGUUCAUAAUGAAGAUGAGAUAAAGAAAGAAAAUGAUGAUGACAACGAAGAAUUAGAUGAUGAAGAGGAACAGGAGUUUGAGUUAGAUGAUGGCACAGACUAUGCCAAUAAUUACUUUGACAAUGGAGAAGAUUAUGAUGAAGAGGAUGACAACCUGGAUGAUGGCCCUGUAUAUUAAAGAUAAACUAAAAUAUUGGUGUGUUUUUUAACUAAAUUAGUAUGUAGUAAAUACAAACAGUUAUAACUUCACUUUAAUUUUAUAAAUACAAAGUAAAUGUUAUUUAAUACAAUUAAAA